GUUGCCCGAGCAGGUAAAUGACGAUAUCAAAUGUCGUGAUAUGUGAUGAAUUGCUCCAUGUGAUGUGUGCGCUCUGAGUGCAUUCGUGGCUGCAACCGCUGCACGCGCGUUUAUUUUAUUUUAUUUUAUUUGGGAUGAAUAGAAGGAUUUGGGGUUUUACGCGUGCAUAUUUGAGUGUUUUUAUGGGUUAGCAUUGAUAUGUGUUCAUAGAGUGCUCUUUUAGCCCCUCUGUGGGCCAUUAUGUGUCUGACUUUUACAAUCGAAUUCGGGAUUUUUUUAUGAAUACGCACAAAAAGCAAAGAAAUAAACGAGAUUUUGGAUUAAAAUCGUGGAACGUGGUAAUCCUAAAGCAAACGAGGACAUGCUUUUUUCAUUUAUAGCAGGAUUACUAACUGCACGCGCGUUUUCAUUUCCGACAUAGACUUAUUUCUCACGCUUUUAUUCUGAGAGAAGGGAUGAUUUGAUUUUGAUUUCUUAGAAGUGGUGGAAGUUUGGGCAGCCUGACAGUUCUGCCUCCUUGUAAAUCACCCUCAGUAAUUCCUGAAAGGGUGCGAGGCUGUUGUGGGCCGGGCGAAAACUGUAAAUCUUUCACUUUUAUUACCCUCUGAACAUAUGCUGCGACGCUACCAGUCCCGCACCCCCCUUUUCUCCUUGCUCUCAGCAAAGAUAAAAACCCCAAUCACUGUAGCAGCCGACGGUCUCUCCCUGCAGCUCCAGAUUGGGGAGGGAAAAAAGCAUCUUCCUUUGCAAAUCUGUAUGGACUUCCGGCUCAUUUAUGGAUUUAUUGCUUAUUAAAUCUUGCCAUUAUUUGAUGAAGUCUGUGAUUGAUGCAGAAAACAAUGGAAGCCAUGGCUCUCUGACUCUUUGUGUUGUAGGGUGGGAAGGCAGGCAGACAAAACAAACGCACGUUGAGAAUGUGCUUUAUUUGAAUACAAUCCAUGCCCAGCUGCAAGAAAACCUCACACGUCAUUUAUUUCAUAAAUCACCUUUAAACGCACAUGCUACAUCACAGAUGUUCCCAAAAAGGAUAUGUCUUUUUUUUCAUCAUAAAAACACUUUAAGUGAUGCGUAAAAGGACACAUUUAUCUAUUUUAUUGUGAUUUUCUUUUAAAAACGAUCAAAUAAGAUAAAUGAUCUAAAACAUGGAGGCUAAACAUGACUAAAUGUGUUUUAUUAAUACCCCCCUCCUCCACAAUGCUGCGUUUAAGUGCAGUGGUGAGUUGAAAUCCUCUGAAAGCAUGCAAAGAAGCAGGCAGAGGGACAUUUUCACAAUCACACAGCUCAGACGAGGAUAUAAACGCCACCCUUUAUCAAAAUGGACUGGUGAGGUAAGGGGCUCGCGUGAAGAAGGGAAUGAUCACGUGAACAAAUAAGCUUGAAUCCAAAGGCAGCGCCUUUAUUUGUCAUCAUAAAAGCUUCCGAAACCCCAAAUAAUCCAAAUGCUAUUGCUGCGAAUCUGCACAGGCCUCCAUAUUCCACUGGUUGAUUGAUUGCCAGUGAUUUUUUUCUCCUCUUCUGGAAUAAGGAUACCUUGUUCGCUUUUUAUUGGUAGUUGAACGCGAGUCCUUCCAUUCUUUCGGGAAUUCUGUCUCCACCGGUGUAUGGAAAUGUCUGAAAAACAGCAAGAUCAGGUUUAGGACAGCACUGUCUGCAGACAAAGGGCGAAGGAUUUAUUCUCAGAGACUGCACGGAAAGGAAGCCAGACUGAGAGGAAAACCUUUAUGAUGAAUUGAUUCGCAGGUAAGCAAUUGAAGAAGCCUUUAACCACGGGUUAAAACAAUGCACGGAAAUAUAUUAGGAUUCGUUGCAUCCAAGGAGGUGGCGGGUAUCGUGGAGCAGCACGUCAUCCAAAAGCAGACACGUAAAUUUCCUUUUCCAUUCAAAUAUUAUCGACAGAUUUGAGUCCAAGCUGCAUUUUUCUGCAGAUUUAAUUUUUUUCAUUUUCUAUUAAUCCCAGUUCAGAUGUAUACGAAAGAGAGGAACUUUUCUCUUUUUUGACUCGUGGAUCGUAAAUCACAUUAAUUUGUUGUCUUAUCGUCACUGGCGCUUGGUGUGAUUUAUGUGCUUUCUACUAUAUGGCUUUGUUUGUGGACUAAGGGAUUACUGGAUUAUAAACCAACAACAAUCCAUGCAAACACACUCGUUUUCUCUAUUUAAUGUCCUAAAUAAUCACUUAUUUUCUUCAUAAUUUUUCGCUCCUAGGUGGAUUUUAGCCGCAUGCUACACAUUUGCGCCCUUCAGAUGUGGACCUAUUUUAUGAUGUGUAGGAACACAUAAUGAGAAUAAAAUUAUUCUGCAGUGAACAUGUAAUCUGAACAGCAUAAACCAUAAAAGUUUAUAUUGAAGAAAUGUAUUUAUUGUUUAUUUUAUAUAACAAUUAUUAUUUUUUUCUUCUUAUUAUAGAAUAUCUUUAUCAGCUGUUCAUACUUCCAAGUACUUUUAGUCGUUAACUUGGAGAUAAAAAAGACAAAUUGUACAUUUUUUGCUCUAAAUAAUAAGAUUUAAUGAAAACAACCUUUCAUUUUCUCCAGAAACGCCCAUCUUAUUUAUCCCAAUUUAUUUUAAUUUAAAUACAAACGAGAGAUUUUGAUGCUUUUUCAACAAUAACACACGGACUGUCUAACCUGAAUUUUAAACUGAGUUUUGGAGAUCUGAAACGAUUCUGUGAGAUAAUAACACUCCACUUUGCGUCCGAACCAUUGUGUGCGCCAAACUUACCGUGACAGCGCGUAGGCGAAAAACACGGCGCUGUGAAAAGAGGAGCUUGUCUGCUACUAGUACCUCAGUGGGCUCAAACAGCAAUGGAGGCGCAGAUUAUAAACCAGCUCUAAUAAUUAUUCCAAAAUGAUUUAAAAGAAUCUCAACAUUUCAAAAUAAAUAUCUUCAAACGAAGAGAUUUUUAGCAAUGAAAAUGAAAACUAAUCCCAUGAAUAGUUAUUUUAGGUCUUCCAGCCGUCGGCGGAGCAUCAUCUCUUGUCUUCUCAGAGCUGGAGCGGAUCUGAAUUUGGUUGAGAUUUUUUUGGGGAGGCUACUUAAAGCCAAAAUUUCUCGUUGUUCAUUAAACUUUGGCUUAGUGCAAAAUGACCUAAAGGUCACCAAAAAAGCUUAAGGCUGCUUCUCUUUGUACGAAAGUGCACGUGUAAGACCUUUUCAUUCAUCCCCAGGCAAGAAGGCAGCAUCUAAAAAAAAGAUGUCGAAAAUGGUGACAAUAAAUAUUUUUAUCUAUUAUUUUAUUUCAAUGAUUCUGCAGGUAAAUAAAAACUAAUUUCAUGUACAUUAAUGAAUAAAUUAAUUUUAGAGUUAAAACAUAAAUAUGUGAAGAAAAUACUCCAUCAGCUUUUAAAAAAUCAUUUUAUUAACUUGUGUUCUAGGUCGGGGUGGAGGUGGUGAUGAAUGCGUGAGGGAUAUAAAAGAGAUCUGCACAGAUUCCGCUCACAGACUGGAGCAGCUGUGGGAAACACCAGUCACGUGAAUUAUAAUCAACAUCCAUGCCACUGAGAGCUGUUGCGUCUUACUGGCUUUAAAUCCACAAAAUGCAGAAAGCAACAUACUACGACAACUCUGGACUGUUUGGAGGCUACAACUACCAUAAACCAGACUCCUACAGCUAUGGCCCCGCGCACCAGCCCUACCCUGCCCCUAACAUUGACAGUGACUACCAGAGCUCGGUGUGUCCCAUCCAGACCUCUGCGGUCCGGCCUCCAGCUCUCAAAGACAGCGACCUGAACGGAGACUGCAUGCGGCAAAGCAGCAGUCAAAGCAACAGCAGCAGCAGCCAGACCAACAGCAUCACGGAGCAGCAGGCGCCUCCGCUGUCUGCGUCCUCCCCGAGCUCCAACAGCUCUACAUCCCAGAAGAAGAAGUCUCCACCCAGCAGCACUUCCGGUGGCGCCACCCCAGCCCUCACCAAGCAGAUCUUCCCCUGGAUGAAAGAGACUCGGCAGAACUCGAAGCAGAAGAGCAACGGCUGUGCUGCUGCAGGUGGGGAGGUGAGUGAUGAGAAAAGUCCACCAGGACCAGCCUCCAAACGGGUCAGAACUGCGUACACCAGCGCGCAGCUAGUGGAGCUGGAGAAGGAGUUUCACUUUAACCGCUACCUUUGUCGCCCUCGGAGGGUGGAGAUGGCGAAUCUUUUGAAUCUGACCGAGCGCCAGAUUAAGAUCUGGUUUCAAAACAGGAGGAUGAAAUACAAAAAGGACCAGAAGUCCAAAGGCCUGGCGCACUCUCCCAUGGGACACUCCCCAGAUAGAAGCCCGCCGCUGAGUGGCCCGAAUCACACAGGAUACGCCGGCCAGCUCCAGAACGUCAACAGCCUCAGCUAUGACGCGCCUUCGCCCCCGUCUUUCGCCAAACCCCAGCAGAACAUGUACGGCCUGGCCGCGUACACGGCGCCGCUGGGCGGCUGCAUCCCUCAACAGAAGAGGUACCCGGGCUCCGAGUACGAACACCACGGCAUGCAGAGCAACGGAAGCUUUGCCAACGCCAAUUUGCAAGGCAGCCCCGUUUACGUGGGUGGGAAUUUUGUUGAUUCCAUGCCAGCCUCGGGCCCCAUGUUCAACCUUGGCCACCUUCCCCACCCCUCAUCCACCAGCGUGGACUACAGCUGUGCCGCUCAGAUCCCAGGAAACCACCACCACGGACCGUGUGACCCCCACCCCACAUACACAGACCUCACCUCUCACCAAGUUUCUCAGGGAAGGAUUCAGGAAGCGCCUAAACUCACGCAUUUGUAAUCUUGUCUCCAGUGCGUGUGUGCGCCUGCGUGAGUGUAUGUAUGUAUGUGUGUGUGUGUGUGUGUGUGUGUGCCAAAAUGAUGUUACGCCCUUUUUUUAUUACCUCACUAGUCUAUUAACUCCGCAAGCGAGUCGUGUGUAUUAUUACAGUAUUAUUGAUAUUAAUAUUAAUGCUAUUGUGUAAUUAUUUUCUAAAUAAUUCAGCUUUGUCCAUUUCUCUUUAAAUAUUCAGAGAAGCGCAGAGGCACAAUAGUCUGGCUGUUAAUAGUCUCUCUCUCUCUCUCUCUCUCUCUCUCUCUCUCUCUCUCUCUCUCUCUCUCUCUCUCUCUCUCUCUCGUUUUUGUUGUUUAUCCUCAUGUGCAAUGCGCAAUGUUUGAAGAUUUCACACCGUUACUUGAAGAUAAGUCUUGUAGAUCACAAAAGUAGACGCUCAUCCGUAGAGAAGGGUUUUUGUCUGGAAAAAUGCAUUUUUUGUCUGUUUUGUACCAUUAAUUGUAUUAUUUUCCUCGCCCCUUAUUUAUUUAUAUUCCUUAAUAACCUUUCGCACUACCAUAUAACCUAUUUAUUACGAAUCAGUUGCUUUUGUAUUGCACAUUAUUUAUCAUUUAUAUGCGAGUAUUUAUAAGGGAGGAUUUGCAGUGCACUUGGUAAAACAGGGUUCAGAAGCACCGUAAACCGCGGUGUGAUGUGGGAGAAAUGGGAAUUUUGAGCUGGGAAUCUGAAGUGGGACAUUGAAAAAACGUGUUCUGGGUUCAUCUGGUGUCAAACCUUAAAGGGAAACGCAGACUAUCGACGAAUCAAACAUUGAAAGCACCAGCAUGUCAUAUUUUUUGUGCAGUCUUAUAAUUUGUCAUCUAUUGUUAUGUUCAGCUCCAUAAAUUAAUGGAACCCCGAUGAUAUUGAAAUGUUCUAUUUUAUUGUGUUUAACAUUUUGUAAAUAAAGUGCUUAAACUUGU